AUGGAUAGAAGUUUCCUUAAAUUCUUUUCAAUUUCAAAAUACCAAAAGAGGGAAAAAGUUAAUAACAAAACAGAUAUGACAGCGCAACAGAUAGAAUUUUACGUACAUCCGCCAUCCCCUGUACAAACCAAAGAGUCUCUAAACAAUGCAGACACAACUUUUCAUCAUGAUAGUCCUAGCUGUUGCAUUACUAAGUUACCCUCUAUCAGUUCUUUAUUGUCGUACGCAACAGAUGGCGAAAAUGAUAGCAGAUCAGUCUUGACUAGUGAUUUACCGCUUAUUUCUUUACCUUCACCAUCGAUCUCUUCUUCAAGAAACUCAGUAAUACUCGAACCUGAGCCAUUAGAUAUAAGUUCUGGUUAUGAAAACAGCAAUAACCCUCAUCAUCAUCAGAACCAUACAACGGCAGUGACAUCACCUUCUUCUUUAUCACCUUUUUUUGGCGCACUCUCAUUGAUAGAGACUACGUCUCCAACUACCUCCAACACUUCUACUACUACUACUACUACUACUACUAUUUCUUCUUCUUCUCCUAUUGCUACUGCGAGCAACUCCACCAGAGGAAAUUAUCAGCAACAGCCUUUACUCUCACCGCAAACGUCACCACAUCCUUCGCAUAGUCAGCUAUUAUUGCUGCCUCCUCCUACGAACAGCCGCAGAUCCAGAUCACUCUCAAAUGCAUCUUCAGUCUCUACUUGUUCCUUUUCAACUAUUGAAUCCUAUACCAGCAAUCACAGUACUAGUACAACUACUUCGACAGCUCUUCCUGUGUCACCAUCUUCAAUGAAAGUGAAUAAGAGUCAUUCGAAAACAAAACUAGCCAUGACGAGUACAACGCCUUAUAUCAAAAGAAAGAGAGGAAGACCUCCUAAUACCAGUUUAUUCCAGACAUCACCUUCUCUGUUGCCAGUAUCCUCUUCACAUCACCAGCAACAACAACAGCAAACCUAUCAGCCACCACAACAAGGUCAUCAUUUUAUAGAAACCCAUCUUCCUGGACAGCAGCAGAACGGGGGAAAUCAACUUACUUUUUUGACACCCACUGUUUGGAAUGUGAAAGGCAAGGAAGUACCUCCCCCCUCACCCUCCAGCGGUAGCGGUAAUACAGCUACCCACUCUAUAAAUACAAACGAUUGGCCAGCUUCUUCUUCGUCGUCUUCAUCUUCUCCACCAUCUCCUUUUACGACUAUGCACGCUUCCUCUUUACCCUCACAGCCAUCAAAACAACCGGCACAAAUUAGUCAUGCUGAUAUGAACACGACGACGCUAGAUUUAAUACCAACAAAAAAGCGAGGCAGAAGACCCAAAGUACAAUUGGCAGGCAACUUUUGUUUUGUUUGGCGCGAUCUUACAGCGAAACGAGGCGCUAACAAGAAGAAAAUAUUGAAGCAACAACAACAAACGACGUCGUCUUCAUCGAAAGCAGUCGUCUAA